CGGGGUGUCCUGAGGGGACGGUUCAAACCCAAAAAGGACCUGAGCAAGGGGAGAUCAGCAUCACCAUCCAGAGACCGGCUGACUCAACUUCUGACCAGAAUCAUCAAGUAGCAGACUGCACUUAUUUGAUGUCUUUUCACCAGCAUGUGUCCUGUUGAAUAAAGAACGGCGAAAGAAAACAGAAGUCAGCUGUGCUGCCCUCUGGAGAGCUAUGAACCGGGAUAAAGUGCAGGUUGGCGAAUCCAUCCUACCUGCCGCUGUCGGCGUGAUCGUGGUCGCUUCUCUAGACGGCAUGGACGACAAGCGGCUCGCGACCGGAGAAUUGCCAGUGUUUAACUGCGCCGGAGGGAGAGAUGUUUUACCGGCGGAGAGUCGAGAAUCCUCACCGAGACACGAGCCCGCGCCCGCGGGCGCGCCUCCUACCGUCCACAGGACAACCUCGUUCUCUGUUUUGGACAUUUUGGACCCCAAUAAAUUUACUAGUAAGAGGCAAACACCUAACAGGACAGGUUGUGAUUUCACGUUAGGUGCGGAAAACAGAAACGACGACUCAAAUCACACGAUCGACUACAAGUCUUAUCAAGAGGACUACGAGUGUAAAAAAACAGGAAUUUUAAAAGACGGAUUUGUGUUCCGAUCAGAUGAAUGUGAGACUGAUUUUACUCGAGGGAAUCAGUCCGACAGCGAGCUGCAGGAGGAUCUGUGUAGUGAUGAGAGCAGCGCCCUGAAUGGAAACAACGACGCAGAGUUUGGGCAGCAUGAUGACGACGACUCACUAAAUAAAAGUCCAGAUGGACAGCAGACACAACAGUCCUCAUCAAACGGACAGAAUCACUCGGUCAAACCCAAACGUAAGCGCUCCGGUUCAGACUCAAAGUCUGGGAAACCCAGAAGGGCUCGGACUGCGUUCACAUAUGAGCAGCUGGUGGCUCUGGAGAACAAAUUUAAGUCGACGCGAUACCUGUCCGUGUGCGAACGCCUCAACCUGGCGCUGUCUUUAAGCUUGACAGAAACUCAGGUGAAAAUAUGGUUUCAGAACCGCCGGACCAAGUGGAAGAAACAGAACCCAGGGGCGGACACGAGCGCACCGACCAGCGGGAACGGAGGAGGACCGAACGGACCGAGCAACGUACUGGGCAACUUGAGUCCUCUGAGCCCGUCUCCACCUAUGAGCGGCCAUCUGUCCAUGCACACCAGCUAUGCGGGUCACACGCCAGGAGGACUCGUCUGCACCACUCAGUUACCCUUUCUGCCGGGUCACGCGGUACUGUCACCCUUCAUGCUCGGCUCUCAGACUUACGGAGCUCCCACAUUUUACGCGCCGCACUUAUAAGAAAUCAUCUUUAGGAGAUCUGGUCCUGGAUCGGAAGAAACAGAGUGUCCGUUCAAAUCCGGUACAGAACAUUUUUAACUUGAAGCACUAUGCUGUCACACACUUGCAAAGACAUUUGAUCGGUUUGUCUUAAAAACUGAGAUGUAGCAACCAUUCUGCACUGUGGCAAGUCGCCAAUCGAGUUUAGGAAUCAUCUUCUCAUGCCCGGCAAUACAUGCUAAAAAUUUGAUUUAAUAUCAAUAUGCUUCAUAUUUUGAUAAAAUGUGAAUAUUUCUCACGGUCAAACUGUAUAUAUUCAGUUAUUAUGAAAUGUGUUUAGACAUUAACUUUGAAUGCAAAUGUAGUAGGGAAUUAAAUGAUAUGUACUGAAAAAAAGAAUAAGAUUGGACUAAAAUCGUGUAAACAUAAGCCUAAUGAAAAGGUUUUUUAUUUUAUUAAUCUUUUUUUUACUUUUUUUCUGGGCCAUAUUAUUUAAUUUUGACGUUGCAUAUAGUAUGCUAUUAUUUAAUUGUUUGUCUCACAAUUAAUUGUUUGAAAUAAAAUGACAGCUGACAAAGAACAUUUCGUUGGCAUAAGCCUGGCUUUGUGAACUAAAUUUAAAACCACGUUUUACAUGAUCUUGCACUCUAUGCUAAUGCCUGAUUUGAAGUUGAAUUUUAUAAACUGAGAAACUGCUUUUCCUUUGACGAAAAACUGGAAUUAAUCGCGGUCAAUUUCGUGCAAUGAAGCGCGAACAGGUGUUUUGUUGGUAAUCAUUUACUUUGCAUUACACGUCAUUUUUACCGACGUUUUGAAACCCUUGUGUGUAAUGAAAUAGACUAUUGUUGCUUUAAUUUACUUAAACAUUACUUAUUUACCUAUAUGUUAUACGAAUAUAUCAUGCAGAAAAUAUUAU